CUGGCACCAAAGAACUUUUCUCUUCCUCGUCUGCCUCAGUUUCCCUCCUUCAUGGUAAACAUCUCCCCAUUAGCCAAAAAGUCUGUUUUAGGGUCCCAGUCCCAUCAAUUUCUCCUGAUUAAAAAAAUGCAGGCUGGGGCAGGGUGUAGGGAGGAGGAGAUAAAGGCAGGUUAGUGCUGGCCUGCCUUCUGUUCCUACCCACACACAAACUUCCAUCAGAAAUACGUGUGUACUAAUAUGGGUCAGCAGGACAAUUGUGGAAGGCAAAUGGAUCACAGUGGGGCUUUUGGGUAUAACUGGAUCUGUGUAACUUUUGUCUGUGGGCACACAUUCAUGGGUGUGACUUUCUGAGGUUACAUGACCAAUGUAUGACUGUGAAUGUGUGGCUAUGGGUAUGAGUGUAAGUGGCUAUUAGGAGAUGCCACAGUGGGUCAUGGCUGUCCUAAGCUUCUGUAACAUCAGACCCCUACACCAUUCCCUAGCCCUCUCCCAUCUUCUCUGUUCAGGGCUUAGAAACCUGUAGAGAAACCGCAGUUCGGGAAGGGGAUAGGGUCACAGAAACAGGCCAAGAUUAGGACUCAGUAUCACAAGAUAAGCCAGGCAUCACCGCCUGUGUCUGACUCACCUCGAGCCCGAGGCAAAGACAGCUAGAUAAAAGCUAGGGGAGCCAGAGAAAGAAAGGAAGGAACCUCCAGGCUGAGCAGCAUGGAGGGGCUCUCCCUGACGGGCAGCCUCCCGCUGAUACUGUUGCUUCUGAGCCCAGUUCCUGAAGCAGCCUUGCCACUGCCCUCCAGCACUAGCUGCUGUACUCAGCUCUAUAGGCAACCACUCCCAACCAGACUACUGAGGAGGAUCGUCCGUGUGGAGCUGCAGGAGGCUGACGGGGACUGCCACCUCCAAGCUGUUGUGCUUCACCUGACUCGGCGCAGUGUCUGUGUUCAUCCCCAGAACCGUAGCCUGGCUCGGUGGUUAGAACGCCAUGGGAAAAGGCUCCAGGGGACCCUACCCAGUUUAAAUCCGGUACUACAAAAGAAAAUGUGCCCGAGCCCCCAAAAGCAAAAGUAAUAAAGCAACAUUAGACGAUAA